AUGAUGGAGAUGGAUGGACAACAAUCUGCCCACGGCGAGAGCUAUGCUUAUACCAGUCCGUACUGGGCAGAGUUCUACGACAUGUGGGUGGAGGAAAUCAUUGGAUCAGCCGCUCUAACAAAAGACGACGACUUCUUCUUCAACUUGCUCUCGCCUUUCCUACCGAACAGCACCCGUGUCCGGGGGCCACUGCGGGUGGUUGACAUGGCGACAGGAACGGGGCGAGUCAUUCGUGGCAUACUGCAAAAGAUGAAUUCGCGUGCACAAGGAGAGCUGCCCGGUGACAUCCAGAAAGAGCUAGAGAUCUGGGGUAUAGAUCAUAGCCAGGCAAUGAUCAAUCGUGCCAAGGGUCUCCUUGAAGACAAAAUGAAGCCGUCUACAACGAUAGUCUGGCGCACCUCCGCGGCGGCAAAUUUCGUCGAUGAGAACCCAGAACUUCGGAAUGCAGUCGAUCUGCUCAUCUUUGCGGCUGGAAGCAUCGGGCACUUGACAGCGCAUGGAGAGAGGAGAAAGUUCCUACAGCAAGUUGUGAAAGCGCUCCGCAUCACAAAUCCUCCACAGACGCCCCGCUCCAUUGCUGCCAUUUCUAUCUUGAAGCCAGACGACGGUCUCCAGGAGAAUUGUUCAGAGCAACACGUUGCUGGCAAGGAAGUCCGAUUUAACGCUGAGAUGCGAAAGCCUUCUCGGCAGUGGCCUCAUCUAGAGUACUGCAAGUCUGAAACAAUGACUCUGAAAGAUAAAGGAAUACUGGUCAACUCAUUCGAUCUGAAAAUUGUGGAGACGGCCACUGGAAAGCUUCUCUCUCAAGAAAAGUAUUCCUGGAGCUUGCAAGUGUUCAGCCAAACGGAAUGGGAAAGGGAGCUGUCCGACUGUGGUUUGAGCAUCAGCCAGAAAGUUGAAACGGGGAGCGAGACUUGGUAUAUCCUGCAUCUGGCCAACAAAAAGAGCCUUGUAUGA